UCCGGUCCCAGAACCUCCAGGCGGAAGUUGUCACCGGGCGAGUUCCACCAGCUUCUGCGGUAGCUCGCUAUGGCGAUGAGCUGCGGCGGAGCGGUCUCGGAGCCGGAAGACUCGGUGCUGUUCCUGCGCGGUACAGGCCAGAGUGAUGAUUCUGACAUUUGGGAUGAUACAGCAUUGAUAAAAGCUUAUGAUAAAGCUGUGACUUCCUUUAAGCAUGCUCUAAAGAAUGGCAACAUCUGUGAAACCUCAGAUAAACCAAAAGGUGCACCUAGGAGAAAACCAGCCAAGAAGAAUAAAAACCAAAAGAAGAAUACCACAACUCCCUUGAAGCAGUGGAAAGUUGGUGACAAAUGUUCUGCCAUUUGGUCAGAAGAUGGCUGUGUCUACCCAGCCACCAUUGCUUCAGUUGAUUUUAAGAGAGAAACUUGUGUUGUGGUUUACACUGGAUAUGGAAACAGAGAGGAACAAAAUCUGUCUGAUCUACUUUCCCCAACCUGUGAAGUAACUAAUAAUAUAGAACAGAAUGCUCAGGAGAAUGGAAAUGAAAGUCAGCUUUCAACAGAUGACAGUGAAAACUCUUCCAGAUCUCCUGGAAGUAAACAAAAUAACAAGUCUAAAGCUCCUCGAUGGAACUCUUUUCUCCCUCCACUACCUCCAAUGCCAGGGUCAGGAUUGGGACCAGGAAAGCCAGGUUUAAGAUUCAGCGGCCCACCACCACCACCACCUCCGCCGCCCCCUUUCUUGUCAUGCUGGGUACCUCCAUUCCCUUCAGGACCUCCAAUAAUCCCUCCACCACCCCCCAUAUCUCCAGAUUCUUUGGAUGAUACUGGUGCUCUGGGAAGCAUGUUGAUCUCCUGGUACAUGAGUGGCUACCAUACUGGCUAUUAUAUGGGUUUCAGACAAAACAAAAAAGAAGGAAAGUCCUCACAUAUAAAUUAAGGAGUAACUCAGAACAGUGUUCUUUAAUAGCUCUCUCCCAAGGAGAUGGUGUGUUGGUGUCCUGGCUAAUAGGAACAGAAGUUUCAUCAUCAUCUUCACAGACACUUGGUUGAGUGACCUCGUCAUCGGAGUUUUCCCAUUCCAUGGGCUCCUUGCCUAAAUAGACGAAGUGUGUUUAGUGCAUAAUCAGUUUGAAGAACUGAACGGUGGAAAUACAAAUGCAUAGAGGUCAACCUGCCAAAAUUGUGAUGGAGCACAAUUGUGAAAUUGUAACUUUCUUCAUAUCUCAAGGUUUUUAUUAAUGCCUUUAAAUAUAAAUAAAAAUCCUUUUUUGAAA